AUGGAGGCCGGUCCUGCCUUCGUUCCCGAAGCCGUGGAGGUAGACCCAGUCCAACCGUAUCAGCAGAUGAUCUACGCACCGCUGACCGUCAACACCACCGAUCUCAAAACGCCCUGGAGAUUUGCACAAGACUUUCCCACCGGCGAAAAGUUGAAGGACGCGAUCGACGAGAUAACAUCCCAGAUAAGUUCUCUGUUCGAAGUCCACGAAGAGAUCGCGCACAAGCUCGAGCUCGAAACCAAGCGCUUCGAAGACUUCCGGAGGGCGAUACACGUCAUCAAGAGCGCGGUGUCCGACCUGAGUCCUGGAGAGGAGGAUUGGUCUGUCGAGCUGGAGGCGAUCGAAUCUGCGCUGGCGGUGGCUUUCGUAGAACGUAUCAAGAGCGAUGAGGAGGAGAGAGCAAAGAUCAGCGAAAAACUGAACGCGUUCGAUAGAAGAAGAUCGAUCUCUUCCUAUGACGUCGCCCUCGUCCCGAAGAUGUGGUUUGCGCAAGGACUGGCGAACAAGGCCAACCAGAUGAGCACGUUGCCGCUGACGUAUCCAAAGGCGAAGUAG